AUGGAUUGCUGAGAAAAUGAGUACUGGAACCAAUAAGGAUGUUGUGUGAUCUGCCAACAGUGUGGUCCUAGACAGGAGCUCUCCAAGGAUUGUGGUUAUGGAGAGGGUGGAGAUGCAUAUUGCACAGCCUGCCCUUCUUGCAGGUACAAAAGCAGCCAGGGCCACCACAGAUGUCAGACUUGCAUAACCUGUGCUGUCAUCAAUCAUGUUCAGAAGGCCAAUUGCAUAGCGACCUCUAAUGCUGUCUGUGGGGACUGUCUUCCCAGGUUCUACCAAAAGACAUGCAUUGGAGGCCUGCAGGACCAAAAGUGCAACCCAUGUACGUAACAGAGUCCCACAUCUGAAGUUCAGUGUGCCUUCCAAUUGAGAUUAGUGCAGGCAGAUGCACCCACAGUGCCCCCUCAGGAGGCUGCACUUGUUGCACUAGGGAGCAGUCUGCUAGUGGUGUUUAUCCUGGCAUUCCUGGGGCUCUUCUUCCUCUACUGCAAGCAAUUCUUCAACAGAAAUUGUCAGCGUAGAGGUUCACUGAAGCUUGAGGCUGACAAGGUAGCAGAGAAGGAAUCUCUCUUCCCCAUGCCACCUGGCCAGGAAACCAGUCCAGAGACCCUAGUGAAUGAGAGCAUCUUUGAGAACCAACCAUUUAACCCCAUCCUGGAGGAUGACUGCAGCUAAACUUGUAGCUUCCCCACACAAGAGUCCUUUACCAUGGCCUCUUGUGCCUCAGACAGCGACUCCCACUGGGUCCACAACCCCAUUGAAUGCACAGAUCUGGACCUACAAAAGUUUUCCAGCUCUGCCUUCUAUAUUGGAGCUGAGACAUCAGGAAAAAACACAGCUGAAAGCUCUGGGGAUAACCUGGAGCUCAAUGUGCCCUUUGAAAUUCCCAGACAUUAA